AUGCAUAAAGACUUCACUGACACUCAGGUGAAUGCAUUUGUUUGCGAUCUGACAGCUGAUGACCUAAACAAGCAGAUUCCUUCCUCUUCAAUUGACAUUGUUACCAUGAUAUUUGUCUUAUCUGCAGUGUCACCUGAGAAGAUGCCUCUAGUGAUGCAAAAUAUCAGAAAGGUUCUUAAGCCAACUGGUCAUGUGUUGUUUCGUGACUAUGCGGUUGGUGACCUUGCUCAGGUGCCUUGUACAUUUGGCAUGCUUUUUUAUUUUUUUUUAUUUUUUGGUAAUCAUAUAAACCCGUAAAAUAAAUUUUGUUGGGAAUGUUCUCCUGCAAUCUUUUUUGCCAGGAUAACGAUAUAUGUAUAUGCUUUAAUGAUAUGUAGAUGAAGGUACAAAUGUGGUCAAACUCCAUUUGUAUCUAUCCUGCACAUCCUGGGGCCAUUUAUUAUGGCCACUGAUUUAUAAUCUUGUGUAAGGUUGAUUUUACAAAGUUACAAUUUUAGGUCGAAGUGUACCAUGUGAGUUCAAUAAUC